GUGUUCAGCGCACUCAUCUGCGGAAAUAGGAGUUGCACGAGAAGACGUUCAUUUGGUUACAAUGGCAGAGGAAAUGCAAAAUGUAACAGCUCGCUGUGCUAAAAAGGCAAGGAAAAGAAAGCCUGAGGCAGAAAAGGCUGCGACGAAAAAGGCUCUGGAUAAAGAAAGAAGUCGGACCGAGUCAACAUCUGUGCGGUGUUUGAGUGUUGGAGACAGCUGGGGCAUGUGAAGGACCUGAGAAGUGAUGCAGAGGUUGCUCUCUUUCUGCUGGACAGUCCUCUCCUGAGCUUCAGAUGGCUUACCAGGUCCUUAAUCCGUCCUCUGAGUGACAUCACCAUCUCCUCGCACACUCCUCACGGGACAGCCGGAGGAGUGAGGAAAAGGAGAAGGAGGGAGGGGAAAGCGAGACGGGGGUUGGCUACUGGUGGUUCAGGCAAGGUGAAUUAAAGCCCAGGAGACUCAGGAGGAGCGCACAGGAAUCGCUCCGGACACACUUUAAUCCAGGGGGGGCGAUGGCUGCGGGGACACUGGAGGGGGACUCACACAUGGAGGAGCUGCUGGACCAGGACCAGGACCAGGACCAGGACCAGGGCCUGGGGAUGGAGGAGACGGACCACGGCCUGCUGAGGAGGCCCUCGAUGAAGGAGAGCUACCACAGCGACUCCCUGCUGGCACCCGACACCGACUUCAUGACAGAUGACCGCAGCUCGGCAGCCAGCGGCCUGGACGUGGCCGACCGGCUGACCUAUCUGGAGCAGAGGAUGCAGAUGCAGGAGGAUGAGAUCCAGCUGUUGAAGAUGGCGCUGGCCGACGUCCUCAAGAGGCUCAACAUCUCCGAGGAGCACCACGCUGCCGCCGCCGCUGGCAGGAGGCCGGCAGGGGCUAAAGCGAGGCCAGUGUCCCUCGCUCUGCCCUCCAGACCGCCCAUGGUGACCUCCAGCACCGCCUCCGUGAAGAAGAGCGCCACGCUGCCCUCCAGCUCCACGGCCAGGAACUACAGCCCAACGCCACCUCGGAGCGGUGUGAAGAGCCCACUCGGCAGUGUGAAGGACGGAGCCUGUAAGACGGCUACGUCACGACCCACGUCCUCCGCCUCCACCUGUAAGAAACCUCAGGACAGCGGCAAGUCCAAGGAGGCUGCAGUGAGCGUAGGGUCGAGGCGUGUGACACACUGCAAAGUGACUAUGCAGAUCUAUCUGAGCCCCCUCACAAGAAAGACUGGGUCUUCUGAGGCCGCCAAGUCGGCGGCGGCGGUGCCAGCCAACAGCGGGCCCGCGGCCGCGCCUCAGGUGAAGGUGAGCAGCAGGCCGCCGGGGAAGAAGACGACCCCGUCCUUCACCUUGAACCUGCAGAAGACAACAUCCAGCCAGAACGCAGCGCAGGAAGUGUCCAGCUACAAGAGCCCGCUCAAAUCCCCCAGCCAGUACUUUCAGAUCUGCUACUGAGGCGAGCGACCCGGGGGGAAGACUCUGGUUAACCGAACAAAACCAAAACACAAUCAUAAAAAAGUCAAUCACACUGCAAAUAAAGACUCUGAGUGACGUGAUUUCUCCUGAUUCGUACAACACCAGCACUUGCAGCAUUUUGUUUAUUCCAUAAUUACUUAUUUCAAAGAUAGUCUGAAUGUUUUUCUGCUUUUUUAAAAAAAAUUUUUAGCCUCCUCAGAGGAAACAAUGUUGCCGUAGAUCCGUGUUAAACCUGCGUACCGUCUCACUGAGUGUUUGCUGUAAACGUUCCCUCCGUCUCACCGAGUCACGUGAAGUUUUGAAUUUGUGCGUCUGUAGUUGUUUGAGCGCCGGCUGCGUGAUGAAGGAGGGAGACGCUGGUGUUUGAUCACAGUGAGUGUGUGUCACUGAGUGUGUCUGCGUGUGUGCUGUGAUGUUCGUAGAUUAGUCGUUGAUGUUGAAAGCAGAACUAAUGUACAGGACGUUCCAGAAUCAGACAAGAACAGGCUCAUUUUUUAGUUCAGGAGGAAACAAUAAAGAACUAUGAACACUU